CUUACUGGCAGCACUAUACAAAGCGGUGCUGCCACAUCGUCGCACACAAUAUGUUCAGAUUGCACAAUGAAAACUUUAAUUGUUAAUUGAACAGAUGUCGAGACAUUAAAAAGUGCGUGCUAAUUAAAACAGUUUAACAGAAAAAGCAAAAACGCAAUUUUAAUUAAAAUGAAGCUUUUGACAAAUGUACGAAAGUUGCUGUUGCUCAAUUGCCGGCAGAGCAUGAAGCAACGGCUAAUGACAACAACAAUAAAGAAGGCGACACAUGAUCAGCCGGUAAUAACCAGUGCACAGCUGGACGAACUGGAGCAGAAUGCGCUGAUGCGGCAUCACAAGAACAAUGUUCCCCGAAUUCGCCAGCUAGUGGAAGCCUUGCAGCUUAGCAGGCACUCUACAGAGGAGGACACACUGCAACAGCUGGCUGCUGAACUGCAACAACUGCCAAACGCAACUCAUCCUCGCCUGGUGGCAUAUGACAAUCAGCCACUGGAGCUGGCUAAGUAUGAGCACCGGCUUCAUCCCGAAGUGGGCGCCAAACAAUUCUCAGAGCUGGCUCGUGCCCUUAAUCUGUAUCGCAUGGAACAUCUGGGCAACUAUACGGGCCACAAGAGCUACUACCUGAUGGGUCAGCUGGCCAUGCUUGAGCAGGCCAUCAUACAGUAUGCCCUGCAAUCGCUCACACGAAAUGGCUUUAAGCUUAUCUCCGUGCCGGACAUAUUGCCGCGAGAUAUCAUUGAGAGCUGUGGUAUGCGCACCGAAGGCGAACGCACACAGGUCUACAAAUUGGACACGGGCGAAUGUCUCUCGGGCACAUCCGAAAUGGCACUCGCUGGCUUCUUCGCAAAUAGGCAACUGACGGAACAGGAGCUGCCCUUAAAAGUAACCGCUGUUAGUCGUUGCUAUCGAGCCGAGACUUCAGGGCUGCACGAGGAGAAAGGCAUAUAUCGGGUGCACCAGUUCACCAAGGUGGAAAUGUUUGCCAUUGCGUCACCCGAACAAUCAGAGUCCACGCUCGAGGAAAUCAAGAAUCUUGAAAUUGAUUUGUUUAAAAAAUUUGGCAUUAACUUUCGACUACUCGACAUGCCGCCCUGCGAGCUGGGUGCGCCGGCAUAUCAGAAAUAUGACAUAGAGGCUUGGCUGCCAGGUCGCCAGAUGUGGGGUGAAAUAUCGAGCUGCAGCAACUGCACAGACUACCAGGCCAAGCGCCUGAAUAUCACGUAUAAGCGGGCCAGGGAUAGAGCUGUCGUACAUGCUCACACUCUAAAUGGCACCGCAACGGCUAUUCCACGCCUGCUGAUUAGUCUGAUUGAGUCAUAUCAGAACGGAGAUUGCAUACAGAUACCAGAGGUUCUAGUGCCCUUUAUGAAUGUUCAGCACUCGAUAACAAAAAACAAAAAGAUACCUGAGACAAAGCUUGUAAAGUUUAUCAGAUCAGCUUAACUUUUGAUUUUAAUCGAUAAGAUACGAAUAAAGGAUGUCGCGAGUGCGCCUAUUUCAAUUUCAUCCGUCAAAAUGAGACACACACACAUACAUACAUAUAUUACAUAGUGAGUAAUUUGUUUCCA